AUUUACUACUAGUCCUUCUUCUUAUAGCUAGUAGUACUAUAUUAGAUGGAUUGAUAUUAUGCAGAGCUAUGAAUUCAGACAUUCUUUGUGAUGAAAAUGAAAAAAAUGCUCUUAUCAAGUUCAGACAGGGUUUCAGGGAUCCAUCACGGUCAAUGAUCAUGUCGUCUUGGAUGCUCGAGGAAAAUUGCUGCAACUGGAAAGGUGUUGAAUGUGACAACACAACCGGACACGUGAUCACUCUUGACCUGCACCAGCAAUUCUUGCAAGGUGAGUUUGGGACUUACUUGCUUGGCUUGUCUCAUUUAAGACACUUAGACUUAAGCCAAAAUGAUUUCCUUGAGGCCUUGUUUCCUGACUUCAUUUGCAAAUUUAAGUACCUAGAGUAUCUCAAUUUGCACAAAACCAAGUUUAGGGGAUCAAUCCCUGUGUGUCUUGGAAAUCUGUCGCGGUUGCAGUUACUUGAUCUUGGUGAUGGUUUUUCACUCCGGGUUGAUAGUCUUCAAUGGAUUCAGCAUCUUUCCAAUAUGAGGAUUCUUGACCUGAGUGGAGUUGACCUGAACAAUGCCAAAACCUGGCUACAUGACAUCAAUUUCCUAAGGUCUCUCGUGGAAUUACGUUUGUCUUCUUGUCAACUUCCUAAAUUACUUCCUGUUUUUGUAAAUUUCACAUCCCUUCAGGUUCUUGACCUCUCGUUAAACUAUCUGGAUGUUCCAUUUCCUAGCUGGUUAGUCAAUACAAGCUCUCAGAGUCUUGUUUAUCUUAAUCUCAAAAGAAGUCUGCUGCAUGGUUUACUUCCAAAUACCGCCUUUGGAAACAUGUACUCACUUAGAGUUCUUGAUCUUUCUGACAACUCUAUCCGAGGCAAGCUUCCGUCUUUUGAGAACAUGACUUCAGUUACUUCUCUUGAUAUCUCAAGGAAUUCUCUUCAAGGCAAAUUACCACCAACCCUGCCUUCAAAGUUGAAACAUUUGGAUCUUACAUCCAAUAAUCUGGAGGGUACUUUAGCAAGUAGCAUCGCACAACUUAGGCAAUUAGUUGUCCUCAAUGUUGCUUGGAACUCUUUCAAUGACUCGAUUACUGAACAUUUCUUGAAUUUCAGUGAUUUGAGAGUGUUAGACUUGUCAUCCAACUCAAUUAUCCUCAAUAUAACUGCAACUUGGAUGCCUCCCUUUCAACUUGACAUUAUUGGCCUGAUGUCUUGCCAACUUGGUACACAGUUUCCACAGUGGUUUCAUACACAAAAGGAUUUCUCAUUCAUCGAUAUCUCUCAUGGUAACAUCUCAGAUAAAGUGCCUGAUUGGUUCUGGAAUCUCUCUCCAAAGGUACAACACAUGAACCUUUCUCUCAACUAUUUCAGAGGGGAAGUACCUCAAGUUACAUCAAGACUUGCUAGUCUUGAAAAACUAGACCUGAGCCAAAACAACUUUCAUGGUCCUUUACCUCAUUUUUCGUCCAAGAUGAAGAUGUUGAUUUUGUCCCGGAAUUCUUUUAAUGGUGCCAUUUCCCCUGUAUGUGAAUCACUUGUCAUGAAUAAUUCUCUUAUGUUUCUAGACCUAUCGUUCAAUAAUCUAUCAGGAACACUUUCAGACUGUUGGAGAUAUGGGAACAAUCUGGCAGUAUUAAAGUUAGGCAAUAAUAAUCUGUCUGGUGAAAUACCUCAUUCUUUUGGAUAUCUUGAAACUCUCAGGUAUCUGCAACUGAAUAACAACAGGCUGUCCAAAAAUCUGCCUUCAUCACUGAAGAGCUUACAAGAACUAAAAUUUCUUGAUCUUUCCAGAAAUUGUUUAUCUGGAAAUAUAUCAUCUUUCUUAAGGGAGACUUCACAGAAGCUAAUGCUUCUUUUGUUAAGAAAUAACAAGUUCGACGGAAACAUUCCCCUACAGAUUUGCCAGCUCAAAAACUUGAUUAUUUUGGACCUUAGUUCCAAUGCUCUAUCAGGCACCAUUCCAAAGUGUGUUAAAAAUUUCCUAACGCUGGCCGGGGUAGAGGAGUUCCCUUCCUUGGUUUAUGGCCCCUAUGAAGAAUACAGGAAGGAUGUGAUGUUGAUGCUGAAAGAGAGAGGCUAUGAUCAUAGUGUUUUUUUCUAUGCGGUGAUUGAUCUAUCAGAUAACCAUUUAUCAGGGGAAAUUCCUGAGGAAAUCACCACACUUGUUCGAUUGCAGGCAUUGAAUUUAUCAAGGAAUAAUUUAACUGGAGCAAUUCCUUGUGACAUUAGUAAAUUGCAACAUUUGGAAGCUCUUGAUCUUUCCAGGAAUUACCUGUCAUCCUUUUUGCCUUCCAGCAUAGUGGAGCUUUCCAUGCUCGCGAUCGCAAAUUUUUCGUUCAAUAGUUUGACAGGAAAAAUUCCAAUAGGUCGUCAAUUUUUAACCUUCGAUAAUAGUUCUUAUAUUGGGAAUCCAGAGUUGUGUGGCAUGCCACUUUCCAAAAGCUGCUCGGGACAUUUUCCUGAGGACGUUACUCACUGUAACACUCCCAAGAAAAAAGACGUGCAGGCCAUUCAUCAGCAUGAGGAAGACAAUUGGCUUGAUGAAUCAUCAUUCUAUAUCAGCAUGGUAAUUGGUUUCAUCACAAGUUUCUGGUUAUUUUGGGCUACUCUAUUGGUGAAAACAUCUUGGAGACAUGCCUAUAUGAGGUAUCUUAAUAAAAUGGGCAACAAUAUUUAUGUGUUUGUAGCCAUAAGAUUACCAAAUAAGCAUAGACCAUCAAAGAUGAAAGACUGAAGUUAUUUCAGGGCUUUCUGAAUAAGGUAAUGAAGGUCUUAU